AUGCUUCCAGGUAAUCCUUUGUCCACCAUACCAUCAGAAGAUGCCGACUUCAAUCAAGAUAAUCCUUUGUCCGCCAUAUCAUCAGGAGAUGCCAACUUCAAUCAAGCUGGAUUUUUAUCUGGUUAUAUAUUUCCAGAUAAUCCUUUGCCCGCCAUAUCAUCAGAAAAUACCGACUUCAAUCGAGAGAAUAACAUUAUCGAUGAUGCUGGAUUUUUAUCUGGUUAUACAUUUCCAGAUAAUCCUUUGUCCACCAUAUCAUCAGAAGGUGCCGACUUCAAUCAAGCUGGGUAUGGUUAUAUGUUUCCAGAUAAUCCUUUGUCCACCAUACCAUCAGGAGAUGCCAACUUCAAUCAAGAUAGAUUUUUAUCUGGAUAUGAUGGUAUUAGUAUGUUUUCAGAUAAUCCUUUGCCCAUACAAUCGGAAUAUGUCGACCUCAAUCAAGAUCAAAAAAAUUAUCAUAAUAACAAUGGCAAUUAUAAUAAUAAUAACAACGAAGAGAAUAACAUUACUAAUGGAACUGGAUUUUUACAUGGAUAUGAUCUUAUGUUUCCAGAUAAUCCUUUGUCCACCAUACUACCAGAAUAUGUUGACUUCAAUCAAGAUAAUAACACUCAACAUAUGAUGGAUUUGAGAUUUGAUUAUGGACGUAGACUUGGUGGUGUUCCUCUAACAUCUGAAGAAUAUGAUAUAUUAAUAAAACUUGAAAAUGAUUAG